AUGAUUACUAAGCACCUACGCAGUGCAAGGCACCAUGAGAAGUUGAAAGCUGUCCCUGGUCCUCCCAGGAUUCCACAAUCUGAUGAAGAAAAGGAGCCAGGCAACAAAGUCAGUGCAGAAAAAGUGAACAAAACACACUCAGUGAAUGGCAUUACUGAGGAAGCUGAUCCCACCAUCUACUCUGGUAAAGUCAUUCGCCCCUUGAGGAGUGUUGAUCCAACACAGACCGAGUACCAAGGAAUGAUUGAGAUCGUGGACGAAGGGGAUAUGAAAGGUGAGGUCUAUCCAUUUGGCAUAGUUGGGAUGGCCAACAAAGGGGACUGCCUACAGAAAGGGGAGAGCGUCAAGUUCCAGUUGUGUGUUCUGGGCCAAAAUGCACAGACUAUGGCCUACAACAUCACACCCCUGCGUAGGGCUACAGUGGAAUGUGUGAAAGAUCAGUUUGGCUUCAUUAACUAUGAAGUAGGAGAUAGCAAGAAGCUCUUUUUCCAUGUGAAAGAAGUUCAGGAUGGCAUUGAGCUGCAGGCGGGAGAUGAGGUGGAAUUCUCAGUGAUUCUUAAUCAGCGCACUGGCAAGUGCAGUGCUUGUAAUGUUUGGCGAGUCUGUGAGGGCCCCAAGGCUGUUGCAGCUCCACGACCUGAUAGGUUGGUCAAUCGCUUGAAGAAUAUCACCCUGGAUGAUGCCAGUGCUCCUCGCCUAAUGGUUCUUCGUCAGCCAAGGGGACCAGAUAACUCAAUGGGAUUUGGUGCAGAAAGAAAGAUCCGUCAAGCUGGUGUCAUUGACUAACCACAUCCACAAAGCACAUCAUUAAUCCACUAUGAUCAGGUUGGGGGGAUUCUGGUGAAGGGUUCUGAAUAUCUCCCUCUUCAUCCCUCCCAAAAUCUGGAAUACUUAUUCUAUUGAGCUAUUACACCAGUUUUAACACCUUCCUCGUGUUGUGUUUAAAAAAAUAAAUAAAUUUAAGAAAACCAUUUUAAAAUUAUGCACAGUUGCAGCCUGGAAAACUUAAGGUGGCGCCUUAUAGUAUCAAUUUUAGGAGCUUUAUUUGGUGCAUUUAACGCAACUGGUAAUUGCAAAAUCCACUUCGCCUGUGUAAGAGAAAAAUAUAGACUGUUAACUUGUUGGCCCUAUGAAAUUCUGCACUUGAUAUUUAGUAUAUACUCUACCUUCAUUACUUCUGGCAAAAUUUCUGCCUUAGCACUCAGUUGCAUUCUUUUUCCUUUUCUGUUUAUUAUGCUUUAAUUCUGAGGACCAUAUGAGGGUAGAAUAUAUUAAAAAUUACCAAAAUUUGUAUAGGCAAACCAUUUCCUUAAGUUGAUGGCCAAAUGUUAAAAUGUUAUUUUUCAUAUCAUUUAUAAUCUUGUCACAGUCCACUUAACGAAGUUUGGUUAGAUUUCAGUGAAAAUUAUCUUCCAGAGUAGUUUUUUUUUUUUUUCCUGGCAUGGGGGGGUAACUUUACUACAAUUAGUAUGUAUGGUGCAGAAUUUCAUGCAAAUGAGGUGUGCCAGCAGUGUGAUAAUUUAAACGUAUUUAAACAAAAACAAAAA